UGCUGCUGGGACAAGGAGGAGGAGGAGGCGGAGCCGUAGUAGAAGCUGCCCGAGUUUAAAUUAAUGUCAACCUGCGAGCUUGCCGGGAGAAGCAAGCCGGCGCCGCUCAGAGCCAAAGGACGGACGCACGAGUAGCAGCCGCUUGUGAGCCGCACAACACGGGGGACGACUGACAUGACUCGGCGCCCGAGAAACAGUGUUUACAGCAGCGAGGAGGACGAGGAGGAGACGGAGACGUACGACCACGAUUAUGACGGCUCCUUGGUCAAACCCGGCAAGCGCCACCUCGGGAAAACCCGCUGGACGCGAGAGGAGGAUGAGAAGUUGAAGAAACUCGUGGAGCUUCAUGGAUCGGACGACUGGAAAGUCAUUGCCAGUUUUCUUUCUCAGAACCGCUCAGAUGUGCAGUGCCAGCACCGGUGGCAGAAAGUUCUCAACCCAGAACUCAUCAAAGGACCUUGGACCAAAGAGGAAGACCAGCGGGUGAUCGAGCUGGUGCAGAAGUACGGCGCCAAGCGCUGGUCGGUGAUCGCCAAGCACCUGAAGGGACGCAUCGGCAAGCAGUGCCGCGAGCGCUGGCACAACCACCUCAACCCGGAGGUGAAGAAGACCUCCUGGACCGAGGAGGAGGACCGCAUCAUCUACCAGGCGCACGAGAAGCUGGGCAACCGCUGGGCCGAGAUCGCCAAGCAGCUCCCCGGCAGGACGGAUAACGCCAUCAAGAACCACUGGAACUCCACCAUGAGGCGGAAGGUGGAGCAGGAGGGCUACCUGCAGAGCGCCGCCUCCAGGGGCGGCGAAUCGCCGCUGGGCCACGGCUACGCCAAGCCCGCCGGCCACAUUUUGGCCUUCCCGCACCACCCGCCCACUCCGGCGCAGCUGGCCCACGUCUCGCCACACAACUUCACCUACAUGGCCGACACCCAACGGUUGUCUUUCCCGACGGCCUUGCAACUGAACAUCUUGAGCAUCCCUCAGCACGGAACCGCCCUCGUCCAGAGACACUACGGCGAGGACGACCCCGAGAAGGAAAAGCGGGUGAAAGAGAUCGAACUGCUGCUCAUGUCGACCGAGAACGAGCUACGAGGUCAGCCAUCGCAACCGAUCAACUUGCCUUAUCCAAGCUGGGCCAGCCAGAGCCCGUUAGCCCACACCUUGGAGAGCGUGGCCAUGUCAUUACCUCAACAUCAGGCGAGCGCGGCCGCCCUGCCGCUGGAUCGGAGCUGCCUGCCCGAGGAGAGCGUGUCGGCCUCGCGGGCGCACGCCGGCGCCAUGCCCGAGUUCAUGGAGUCCGUCAUUGACUCGUUGCUGAGCCAAUCGAUGAGUCCGGAGCACUCAGACAGCGAGCAUCUUCCGAUGAGCUCGCCUGUGGACGUGAAGGUUCCGAAGGAUGACAUGUUCAACACUCCGAACAUUUGUCGCUCCAUCUUGGACUCGUCUCCUUGCACUCCCACGCCUUUCAGAUCGCUGCAGGAGGCCAAGUACGGGCCACUCAAGAUGCUGCCCACUCCUUUGGAUCAGCAGAUGGUGGAAUGCAUCAAGCAGGAGCCGAUGGAGUGCGCCAUCGAGCACCCGCCUCUGAAGAAGAUCAAACAAGAGGUGGAGUCUCCAUGUGAAAGGAGUCCAUACAUGCAGUGGGAAGCCCAAGAGCUCAACACGCAGCUCUUCUCGCCCAACGGCCCUGCGCAGGAAGUCCCGGACUUGGUCACGAGCUCGUUGCUAAGCAAAGACGGACACAAAGGCUUCCUGCUUCCUCAUAGGACCUCUCACAGCCAACUACCGCCACUGAAUUCGUGGGAGCAGACAACGUGCGGCAAAAGCGAGGAGAGCGUGCUGGCGGCCGAAGCCAGCCGCAUCAAGUACGUCAACGCCUUCCCGACGAGGACGCUGGUCGUGUAGACGCCAACGUCGGCUCAUAUUUGGGAGAGGCCACUUGGUCAACCAACCAAAGACUAUGUCAUUUACUUUUUCAUAUACAGACGGAAAAUUUGGGUUUGUUUAUUUUUUAUACGUUUGGGUCCUGUGUUUCUUUUUUUUUUUUUUUUAUCAUUGUAUUAAAAGUGCGGGGAUAUAUCAUUAGCAUUGGGCUGUAUUUUUAAUUCUGAAUUUUGAUAUUAAUAUAAAUAAGUUGAUUAAUUUAUUUUCCAUGUUUUGAUGUUGAUUUUUCUUUUUUUAUUUCAAUUCCUACACAAUUGACCGAUGGAGCAGUGUUGGACGAUUGAAGUAUUUAAGCCCUCUUAGCAUUAUUGCGAUGAUAUCAUAACGGAUUGAAAACUGACCUAUUUGUUGAAUUUUAUGAUUUUUUUUUUUUUAAAGGCUGUAAUGGGUCUUGUUAUAAUUUCAAGUGUUUGGUGCUCAUGUCACCUUUUGUUAAACACAAACGUACCGAACAAGCUGUGUUAAUGUCAGUCAUGUUUUACGCCGUGGAAAGGGACCACUUUAUAAGUAUUAAGUGUUUACCACAUUGUCACCUUUUAAUUUCACUCAGAUUUUCUUUUUUUUUUUAUCAUAGGAAAGUAUUCAAUGAACAAACUUUUUUUUUUUAUCAUCAAAAAGCCAGCAGGAUUGACUUCAAGUUGCACUUGAGUUUCAACCAUUUUGUAAAAAGAAAAAAAAAAAGUAGUAAACACUGCUAUUUCAUGAAAACUAAAACUGUGCAUGUUUUUUUGGAGAAACAUGUAUUUGAAUAGUUUUGUGUUCUGCAUAUUCAAUCGGCAUCUUACGGUAGCCCAUUUCAAACACUGUCUUUUUAAAUAUCUUUUUUUUUAUACGCCUUGUUUAAUAUUAGUUGUGCAGAAAUCAUUUUAUAAAAACAUUUAUACAAGCCAAGUUUUCACAUUUUUGAUACUUUUCUAUACUGCCUAGUCAAUAAAGUGUGUUGUUUUUACUACAA